AAAGAUGGUAAAUAUGUAUGACACAUUAUAAGUGAUAAUCGGGUGAGAGACGCCGGCGCGGCGCCAGAGAAGAACAGAUGGAUUCCCUGCGCAACAUGGUGGAGCCGAUUCGGACGAUGCAGAUCCGCCCCGUGCUCGCCCAAAUCAUCACCCUAGGGAUGAUCCUGACUUCGGCAUUGAUCAUAUGGAAAGGAUUGAUUAUCGUAACAGGGAGUGAGUCACCAGUUGUGGUGGUUCUAUCUGAAAGCAUGGAGCCUGGAUUUCGAAGGGGUGAUAUCCUGUUUUUACACAUGAAUAAGGACCCUGUCCGCACGGGAGACAUAGUUGUUUUCAAUAUUGAGGGCCGUGAUAUUCCAAUUGUCCAUCGUGUGAUCAAGGUUCACGAACGCCAUGGUAUGGCAGAAUUUGAUGUCCUCACAAAAGGUGACAAUAACCGUGACGAUGACCGAAUGGGAAUGCUGUAUGCAAAUGGGCAGCUUUGGCUUCAGCGACAGCACAUUAUUGGACGGGCUGUUGGCUAUCUGCCUUAUGCUGGGUGGCUUACAAUCGCCAUGACGGAGAAACCAGUCCUCAAGUAUCUGCUAAUUGGUGCACUGGGGCUGCUGGUUGUAGCAUCCAAGGAGUGAAGUUGAAGAUAGAUAGGGUUGAUUAGGAGUGAGAAGAGAAGCUGUAUCUGUAUAGCACCGGGCACAGGAGCUGUAGAGCAACGCGGCUACUAUUAUGUAUGGUUCACAAAACUGAACUAAGAGAACAAUUGGAACCAAAAAGAAAAGGGUACACUGGAACUGUAUUUAUUUGUUUGUUUGCAUAUAUGAAGUGAACAAUGCCGGAGUACAAGUAUAA